UCUCUCAUCUUGACAUCGAUAAAAUCACGGCUCAGAACACUAACAAGUUGGCUCUCAUGUGAAAAGCGUUCAUAUGAAAUAUGUUUAAAAAUUGGGUAGACAAAAGGUUGCUCUCCAAAGUUUGUCAAAAUUCUGGUUUGAAGUCCAGUCAUUAAAAUCACGGGAUAGACCUCAGAAGUUCCUAAUAUAGAAACAACACCCUCAAAACCAUUACCCAAAAACUGACCAUUUUUGGUGAAGAAAAGAGAAUUUGUUAUGAAAUUGACGCCGCAGCCUAUUAUAUCCUUUUCUUUGAAUCCAUUAGGACAAAUUACUGUGUCCGGAGAAGAAUGGAACAGAGCACCACUAUUAUCCAAACCAUAACAGCUCGAAUCCCAAACUGUGAGUCUGGAUAUGUUUUUUGUUGAAAACCCUAUCACGAUAAGGCAUUUGGAUUUAACUGCGCAAAUUUCGGUUUCAUAAUAAUAUAUCCCCGUGUUAAAAGGAACAGGGUUGUCGCUCUUAAUGAUCACGGAGGUACUAGUACCUUCUAGAAUAUUUGGCUCUUCGUUGGGAUUUCUUGAAGUCCCUGAAAAUGGAGGAGCUGUUUCGGCAAUGCGCGUUACCGACAGCCCUGACGGCGAGAUCUUAAAAGAUGAUUGA